CGUAAGACUGCGGUCGGCAGUGCAAAUCGUGUUGCACUUCGUUCGGUCGUGACGCCGACUGCGUUUCAGACCAUUGCAAUCUCGUUGGCGUAGUCACAGACAUCUAGUGCGCUUCGUUGGUGUCACCGUAAGAAUUACUUUUGCUCGUUUCACACGUCUGUUGUUUUUCUACUUCCAUGACAACCGCAUCGUCGUCCGUGCCGCACUUACUGAGCGGCAUGGAAGCCACUCUCGGAACGAACAUGCUGACCAAGAUUCAAAGCAGUAAAAUCUUGCUCGUGGGUGCCGGUGGGAUUGGCUGCGAAUUGCUCAAGAAUCUCGCACUUACCGGCUUUCGACACGUCCAAGUCAUUGAUCUCGACACCAUCGACGUGUCCAAUCUCAAUCGCCAGCUCUUGUUUCGAUCCCAGCAUGUGGGCAUGCCCAAAUGUACCGUGGCUUGUCAAGUUGCCACGCAAAUGGUACAAGACCCUUCUCUGGUUUCGUAUACAGCCCAUCACGGGAACGUCUGUGACAACGACACAUUCAACGUGCAGUUCGUCCAACAGUUUGAUCUCACCUUGAACGCGCUGGACAACGUCGUCGCCCGGCGUAGGGUCAACCGACUUUGCUUGGCCGCCGGAGUACCAUUGAUUGAAGCGGGUACCACGGGAUACCUUGGUCAAGUCAACGUCAUUGACAAGGAAAGUGACGUUGCCUGUUACGAAUGUCAGACUCAGGAAACACAAAAGGUGUACCCCAUUUGUACCAUCCGAUCCACGCCGUCCAUGCCAGUCCACACCAUUGUUUGGGCGAAGGAGCUGUACAAACUAUUGUUCGGCGACAAAGUGGAAGAAUCAAUGUUGUUUGAGGAUACGACGGCACCGGAUGCCGAGCCAUCGACCUACAUGUCGGCGGUGUUGAGUUUUCGUCGGGCGCGGGCUGCACGGGACAGCGACGUCGUGCGUACCGCGGCCGGGGAAGUUGUCACCAAACUGUUCGUGGACGAGAUUCAGAAGCAACUCGACAUGGGCCGAUACAAGACGGCGCGCAAGACACCAGCCGUCUUGCCGACGAGUGUCAUUGUGGACGCCACCACUACGGUACCACCGACGGCCAAGCCGUCCUACCGGACGACGGAUCUGUGGACGCCGACUGAGUGCGUGGCCGAGUUCAUCGCGUGCUUGGAGAAUGCGGCCACCGCAGCCACCGUCUUACCGUCUUUCGACAAGGAUGAUACGCUAGCAAUGAGGCUGGUGACAGCGUCUUCGAAUUUGCGCAGUUUUGUCUUUGAGAUUGAACCUUUACAAAGCUUUUACUCGGCCAAGGGGAUUGCCGGCAACAUCAUUCCGGCGAUUGCCACAACGAAUGCGAUUGCGGCCGGGUUGCAGAUCCUACAGGCCUUUCAAGUCCUCCGCGCCCAACUCGAAACCGGCACCAAGUCGGCCGGCAAGCUGGGUGAGUACUGCUCCUACAUUAACUGCCUGCGCAACUCGACGCGGAACGGUCUCUUCUUGACAGCGUCGAAUUUGGAAAAGCCCAAUCCACGGUGCUUUGUCUGUCGCAACGCUACCGUACCACUCGCGCUGAACGUGAACAACUGGACUUUGCAAGACUUACUCCAGAAGCUAAUCAAGAAAGAUUUGGGCUUUGAAGAGCCGACGAUUACGCUGGAUGGGGACAUUGUUUGGGAAGAAGGGUCAGACGCGGACUCGGAGGCGUUUGCCGUGAAUUUACCCAAAUUACUGCCACAACUCCCUUGUGGUGGUAUUCAGCACGGAACGGUUUUGCGCAUUGAAGACUUUUCGCAAGAUUUGACCGUGGACGUGGCGGUGACACACCAAACGGUAUGGGAACGGGGCGACGAGGAGGAUGACGACGAUGAUACGUACCAGUACGUGCUGAAGGGAUCCAAGCCGACCGCUUCGGCGCUGCACGUUCCCUCCAACGGUGCGCUCAACAACGGGGUGGGUACGAAGGUGGAGGAAGCGGAGGAUGACGAUGAUAUUGUGGUGGUGAUGGCAGCGGACGCGAAAGGCAAACGCAACCGGGAGACGAACGGGGACGGCCCCGUGAACAAACGGCAAAAGAUGUCCAUUCUUGAAGCCGACGUCAUUGAGAUUAGCUAG